CCGUCUCUGCAGGCAGCCAGAAGAGCUCUUGUAAGAUUUGCAGGAUUGUUCUCUAUGCAGCUCAGUCACAGCACUACCCACACAGUCAGAGGAAAGCUGACAGCCAUGAUCAAGAAGAUGUGCCCCAAUGAGACCGAGCUGAACAUCCCAGCCAAGAACUGCUACCGCAUGGUCAUCCUUGGCUCCUCCAAGGUGGGCAAGACCUCCAUUGUCAGCCGCUUCCUGAGCGGCCGCUUCGAGGAGCAGUACACCCCGACCAUAGAGGACUUCCACCGAAAGUUCUACAGCAUCAGGGGAGAGGUCUACCAACUGGACAUACUGGACACUUCUGGCAACCACCCCUUCCCUGCUAUGAGGAGGCUCUCCAUCCUAACUGGUGAUGUCUUUAUCUUGGUCUUCAGUCUGGACAAUCGUGAUUCCUUUGAGGAGGUCCAGCGCCUAAAGCAGCAGAUCUUAGAGACCAAGUCUUGCUUGAAGAACAAGACCAAGGAAAACUUUGAAGUCCCCCUGGUGAUUUGUGGCAACAAGGGAGACCGAGACUUCUACAGAGAGGUCCAACCCAAAGAGAUUGAACAGUUGGUUGGAACGGACAGUAACUGCUCCUACUUUGAGGUCUCGGCCAAGAAAAACUCUCGACUGGAUGAGAUGUUCCAAGCUUUGUUCACCAUGGCCAAGCUCCCCAGCGAGAUGAGUCCAGAUCUCCACCGUAAGGUCUCUGUCCAGUAUUGCGAGAUCUUGCACAAAAAGUCCCUCAAAGGAAAGAAGGUGAAGGAGGACGGAGAUGCCUAUGGGGUGGUGGCCCCUUUUGCCCGCAGACCCAGCAUCCACAGCGACUUAAUGUACAUUAGGGAGAAAGCUAUCGGAGGUGGACAGAGCAAAGACAAAGAGAGAUGCGUUAUUAGCUAGGGGUCAACUUGUCUAUAGCCGCCGAGGCUUUAUAAAUAUAUACAUAGUUCGACAACACAAAAGUUCGAGGUGUUUUGAAAAAGCCAAGUCGAAGGAGGCAUGUCCGUCGUGGUGAUCACAAUGCCCACCAUGCCUUCUGCCAAGUAGUCGGGGCACCAAGGCCGUUGUGGAACGCCGAGGUCAGCCUUGGGGGAAAAAAUGAUGAUUUUUUUUUUUUCAUUUUUUUUUCGGACAGCAUUACAUCCAGUCUGUCUAAAAGUAAGAACUGAGAAGGAGCAAACAGCAAGUUGUAUGUUGACUUCAUGUAAAAAAAAAAAAAUGAAAAGU